CCAACCCCCGUCCCGACCACUCUCUGACCUCACCAACCCUCUCUCUCUCUUUCUCUCUCUCUCACUUCGGUUGAAAUUCCAACCCACCGGGCUGUCUUUCUCUCCUCUGUGGGCGGAGAAGUCAGCUUCUUCAUCUUCCCUCCCCCUCCCCCCCUUUGUCUGUCUGAUCAUAAUCUUUGUUGGGUAUUCCUCUUCUCCCCCCUUCUUCUUCUUCUUCUUCUUCAUCUUCAUCUUUGGUUUCCUGUUCGGGUUCGAUCAGUCAAAUGGGUGGAGAGACGAAGGCCUUCACUCUAGCUCAGGUCUCUGAGCACAACACCUCCAAGGACUGCUGGCUCGUCAUCGAGGGCAAGGUGUAUGAUGUCACCAAAUUCUUGGAGGAUCAUCCCGGUGGUGACGAAGUUUUGCUGUCCUCCACAGGGAAGGAUGCAACUGAUGAUUUCGAGGAUGUGGGCCACAGCAGCACAGCUAAGGCGAUGAUGGACGAAUUCUAUGUGGGAGAUAUCGACACAGCGACUAUCCCCACGAAGAAUAAGUACACUCCUCCCAAGCAGCCUCACUACAACCAGGACAAGACUCCUGACUUCAUCAUCAAGCUCCUCCAGUUCCUCGUCCCCCUCCUGAUCCUCGGCAUAGCUGUCGGGAUUCGCUUCUACACCAAAUCACAGUGAUAAAAGAACCAUCGAUCUAAAAUUGUCGUCAAGAAAGAAUAAUGCUCCUUCCCUCAUAUCUUCUUCCAGUGUGAGAAUUAUGCCAUUGGGUCAGUUGGAUAGUACAUGCUUAGACGGGUUAAUCGUGUUGAGGAUGAUAUGUGCUUCUUUUCCCACGUCCUCCAUGAAGGGCUCUAUUUAUGAAAGACCCGAGACUGGUGUUUUGAUGUUCCAUUGGUAAAACAGAUUUCUUUAUGUAUCUGCUGUUUUCAGUUGGUCAUGCUUGUCAAUUGACUUAACUUCCAUUACGGCUAUUGAGCUCGGUUUCUAUUACUUUGAUAUUAGUCUGGAGUUAUGUUUA